AUGAGCAAUCAUCAAUCGAGGGUAUUGGUAUGGCAUAUUCCCGUGAUAACAUUCCUUAAUCCCUAUAUAGAGACUUAUACACUAUCAAUAUCAAUAUUAUCCAUUUCAUGCACAAAACCGAGAUAUACUCCCGCCAUCUUCGCCUGCAAUUUCUAAAACACAAAACAAUAACAUAAAAUCAAAAUCAAAAUCAAAAUCAAAUCAACGACCCACUUCUCUUCUUUUCUCUCUUUCUCAACUAUGCUAUUAUUCUCACCACAUUGCAAUUAUAUAAAUAAAUAAUUAAACAACAUGCAUCGAAUCUGUUUUAGAACACGACCCCUUUUUCGUUUCCAUCAUCCUCGCAAGUACAUUUCAUCAUCUUCUUCCAAUAAACAUAUCAAUUCACAUUCACCUGAUAAAUCUCUUCAACAAAAUUCCCAAAUUACCCCUUUACCCCUUCCCAACACUCUCUCGAGAAUUUCAACUUCCUCAUUUCUCUCAAGAACCUCCGUUAUCGCUCUCUCCGCCGCCUUUGUUGCUUCCGUCGCAUUUCUCUCCUAUGAUUACGGCCGCCAACGCGAAUCCGAUCAUGCCGGAACCUUUAAUUCUAUCUACGCCAACGCGGAGCACGCCGCGCAUCGCUCCGCUGAUUAUGUCAACAGGAUUUUCCAUCACGUUAAACGAACCGGUGUCGCCGCCACGGUUUUAUGGCAGUCGCUACAUUCGGUGUUGUCGUCGGCGAAUCAAGAAGUCCGCUCCGGCUUCGAGAUUCGCGUGGCGGCUUUGCUAGCCGACAUCGCUGCUGCGAACUCCAGCCGCAGAGCAGCGAUUGUUGGUGCCGGUGGCGGCGCCGUCCUGGAUUGGCUUCUCGAUUCUGUUGCUGUUAUGAAAGACGCCGGUGGAGGUACUCAGGCGGAGGCGGCGAGAGCGCUGGCGUAUUUGAUUGCGGACCCUAAUGUUUCUCCAGCUGUGUUUGCGCGACCUCACGCCGUUCCAAAUCUUCUGAGGUUUAUCUUUUCUUGCAAGCCUCGGCGUUCCAAGAAGAAGACGCAGAAUUCAAGACGUAGUGCAUUUGAUGUUUCUGACUCUUUGAAAGGUAGGAGCAUGCUUGUGGCUGCUAUUAUGGACAUUGUUACAUCCAGCUGUGGCAAAGCAGAAGUGAUAUCUUUUAAGCCGUCGUUGCCGGGAAAUGCUGAAACUAGAGAUAUUGCUGCAGCCCUACAAGUUAUCGAGGAAGGAGGUUUGCAUUUGGACGAGCCGCCUGACGACGACGAUGAUGGUGGGACAGGCAGGAAAGGGAUUGGAAUCAAGAUACUUGAAGGUACCACUGUUUUAGGGCUUUCAAGGACCCGCAAUGCAAUGGAGUUGGAUGACGCUGAUUCUGAUGAUGAUGAACUGUUGAAGCAUGGUACACCAACAACCCUUGUGUACCAUAAGUUUGAUGAUUCGCUGGUAAAACACAAUAUGUCGUCUGUUGUUGUACCUGGUCUUUGGGAUGAUUUGCACUGUGAACAUGUUGCUGUUCCUUUUGCUACCUGGGCGUUGGCGAACUGGGCAACAGCGUCACAGUUGAAUAGAUCUCGUAUUCAGGAACUAGAUCAGGAUGGAAAUGCUGUUUUGUCUGCUUUAAUGGCACCUGAGAGAUCUGUAAAAUGGCAUGCGAGUUUGGUGGUGCGGUUGCUUUUAGAAGAUCGCGAUACACCUUUGAAUGAAUCUGUUUCUGAUUGGAGUUCCAAUCUUCUUUCUACUAUAUCUCUUGCAUGUAAGCAUGAAGAUGUUUCGUUGGCUCGGGUAGCUUUUUCUGCUUUUCUGUUAUCUGUUGAAAGGAGUCCUAGUGUUCAGAAGACAGUGAUGGAGAAGGGUCUUAGUUCGAUGAGAGACAUUGCUAAGCAGACAACUAAGCAUAAGCAGCUGCAAGAAGCAACAGCAAAGGCAUUAGAACUACUUGUUACUGGGGAUCGUCAUUUCUCUCUCGAAGAGAGUCAAAAAUGGUCAGGCAUUCUCAUUCCCUGGGUUUUUGGAACAUAUUCUUCUGAUGUUAUACGGAAUUCAGCCAUAAAAAUUCUCUCUCAGAUCCUAGAAGAUUAUGGAGCAACAUCUGUACCACUUUCCCAAGGAUGGUUGGCUAUGCUGUUAAAUGAAGUACAAAAUUCCAUCAAGAAAUCAAUUGAAAAAGCAGCCAGUCAACCCAGAAGUGAUAAAGUUAAGACUUUAAUCAAUAAUGCAAAUAUUGCUUCUGCUGCACAAGUUGCAAAUCAGCUUUCUAGUGCUGUUGUUAAUCUGGCAGCUAAACAAUUGAGAAUUGUGUCUAAUUCUGAGGACAUAAACCCACUGGCAGAUUUUCUUUCUCUGGAACCAUUAGCAGGGCCUUUUAAAAAUUUAAAAAAAGAUAGCCUGCCUAAAAUUGGGGCUGCUGAUUCUGCCUUUGCAACUCUUAAAGGUAUUAAGGCUCUGACUGAAGUUUGUGCAGAAGACUCUGAGUCUAAGGACAAGAUUGUUGAUUUUGGCAUUUUAUGUUUGCUGAGGCGCUUUUUGUUGAAUGACGAUUAUGAGAGACUGGCUGCGAUGGAGGCUUAUGAUGCAUCAUCAAGAGCACAUGAGGGGCAGGAGAGGAAACCAAAUGACGGUGAGGAACCACCUAAAUCAGAUAUAAAUGAUCCAGCUAGUGUCCGAGUUCCACCUACAGCUCAUAUCCGCAGGCAUGCUGCUCGAUUGUUGACCAUCCUCUCACUACUUCCCAGAGUCAAGAAGGUAAUAGUAGCUGAUGAAACUUGGUGCAGUUGGCUUGAUGAUUGUGCUAAUGGGAAAAUUCCGGGUUGCAGUGACCUUAAGUUGCAAAGUUAUGCCAGAGCAGCUCUGUUAAAUAUAUUUUGCAAUGACCAGAUUAAUGGAAAGUCUGACAGUGCAAGCCCUUCCAGUGGUGGUGCCGGCGGCGGCGCCAGUGUAGAGAAUAAUAAUAUGUGUCCCCGUUAUGAUGACAUGAUAUUCUUGAUAAAUUCUCAUCUUCCUCACUGGAAGUGUCUCAAUGGAACAGAUCGACAAGGAUCUUUCUCAAAAAACAUAUCUGUGGCCACAUCUCCUGAUGUUGAGGAUGGGACAAAACCCUUGAAUGAUGGUGCAUGCUUUAGUUGUUCAAUUGAUUCAACCAGACACAACCCUGAUGCAUAUUGUCCUCCACUAGAUGUGGUUUUUGUCCAUGGCCUCCGUGGUGGCCCUUACAAAACAUGGCGUAUAUCUGAGGACAAAUCCUCAACUAUGUCUACCUUGGUGGAGAAGAUUGACGAGGAAGCUGGAAAGCUCGGAACCUUUUGGCCUGGUGAAUGGCUUUCCAGUGAUUUUCCCCAUGCUCGCAUGUUUACCCUCAGAUACAAGACUAAUCUCACACAGUGGUCUGGAGCUAGCCUGCCUCUUCAGGAAGUUAGUUCUAUGCUACUGGAAAAGCUUGUUGCUGCAGGAAUUGGGAAUCGACCUGUUGUUUUUGUUACCCACAGUAUGGGGGGCUUGGUCGUGAAGCAGAUUCUUCAUACAGCAAAGGAGGAAAAAUUUGAUAAUCUUGUGAAUAAUACAAGGGGAAUAGUGUUUUAUAGUUGUCCACAUUUUGGCAGCAAACUUGCUGAUAUGCCCUGGCGAAUGGGCCUUGUACUUCGGCCUGCUCCAACGAUAGGAGAACUAAGAAGUGGGUCUUCAAGAUUGGUUGAGCUUAAUGAUUAUAUUCGUCAACUUUAUAAGAAAAGCGUACUUGAUAUCCUCAGUUUUUGUGAGACCAAGGUAACUCCAAUAGUGGAAGGUUAUGGUGGAUGGGCCUUUCGAAUGGAAAUUGUACCAAUUGAGUCAGCAUAUCCUGGAUUUGGGGAACUAGUGGUGUUGGAGUCGACAGAUCAUAUAAAUUCUUGCAAGCCAGUGAGCCGCUUAGACCCUUCUUAUACAGAGACAUUAAAGUUCUUACAGAAAUUAAAAUCAUGCUAUACCUAAGUAGAUAUGUCACAACUAUAGAUAUGUAAAUACCUCUAAAGAGCUAGGUAGGUGUUUCGGCGUGGCAUUUAUAUGUCAAAUGCACGGGAAACGUUAAUGUCCUGUGGCAUCGACUUGAUACCAUUUAGCAUAUUAGUGAAGUGCAGACUAAUAUCUUGGCUAGCCAAACUCGCAUAUCUUUCCUUUCUUCAAUCAUUCUUUCGGUGCUUCAAAUUUCGUCAGUGUUGGAGGUCCGCUGGCUCUUGGGGAUUGUUAUUAGUAUCCCUAGUACAUAAAUAGGAAACACAAUUGUAACCCAUGUAUAUUGUGUAAUUCCCCCCCUUCUCCCUUUUUUUGUUAUUUUAGGUUUUAAGCAUAUAGGUUCUGGUUUCUAUUUUGAAAGUCAUUCAAUUUCGAUUCCUAAGCAACUGCAUGAUCGGGUAGGUGGAUUUGACCAGAUUGGAAAAGGGAAGCUAUUGAUUUUAGUGGUAGCGACCCUCAUUUAUUUCUCAAUAAAAAAAAUCAUUUCUGUGGUGUUUGUAUAUAAAGGUGAUGAUUCCUCCUUUGUAUGGAUAAGUUCUACUAAAUUUAUUUUGGUAGAUGAAUGAGAACAUAGUGAGAAAAAAUGGAUCGUCAUUUCUUGCACUACCAAGUACAGGCAAUAGUUAAUCACAUCCAUUGACUUUAAA